UUCAUAUGUGUUCUGUCUUCGAAAAGUACGGGGAGGGGAAGGCGACAGGAUCGAGUUGAGAUCACAAAUCAGAUCUGCAAAAAAAAUGCAUUUUGCCAAUGUGCACACUGUAAAGAAGUAUCCGUGUUUAUCCGCUUGUGUGUGAUCUGUUGUUUAGACCGUGUGUGCCGGAUAUAAUGAACAUCAUUGUUUCAGAAACAUUUAACACUUGAAGAGUGGAAAUGAAGCUGUGCGCUUAGCCUUUUGGUGUCCAUUUUGUUCUAUUCCCGUCCCGAAAUUUGAUGAGAUCUGUCCAGGAAGUUUUAUCGCUGGGUAAAAGCGAGCCCAUUUCUCCUGUGGCCAUUGUCGUGGCGUUUUUAGACCAGAACUAUUGUUCGAGCUUGUGUAAAGAAGUUUUGUUUCCUCAAGUAUGUUUUAAAACAUAAGCGUAACUAUUUUCAGUGUUAGCGGACGCUUGUGUUUGUGUAUAACUUUUCAUAUUACAGCUCUGAAUCUGACAUCCCUACCAGCAUAAAACGUCGAGAUAUAUAACCGCCCUGUUGUGAACUGCUUGGUCACUGAGAUGAGAAAACGUUCAAGUGUUUUAUGUAGACAGAGUAGAGCCUUGUAUGGGGACGACUGAGAAAACGUGUUAAAGCAGCUGCGCAUUAUUCCUGGUGAGACAGUUGUUGAUGUUAUUCCCCCACCCCAGCCCCCGAGAUACUGUUUUAAAAGCCAUGACAAAAACCUAUCAGCGCCAACCACAAGCGCAGAAAUGACAGGAGAGACAGUGUUGUUCAAGUGAGACAAAUUCUGUGUUCUGAAAUAGACCUGCAAUUACGAUUGAAUGAUAAACAGUUUGUUUUAUUAUUCAGAGUCCGGUGAAAAGCCUCGUGCGCUAUGGACCUGUUUUCUCUCUCUAGUCCUUCACAGGAUUUCACAACGGAAGAGUUUCAGGACCUCAGCGGAGACGGUUCGGGUGAUAUCUUCAACGCAGUUACAACCUUGUCGUCGUCACCGUCCUUAUCGUUUCCUUCUCUCUCAGUCGUGCCCACCAACCCGAGGGUGUUUUUGGAUGUUCCUACAGUCGACACUGGCGCCCUGUUCUCGGAAUCGGACGAAAAACCUUUUUCAACUAAAAACGUCGACGUGAAUUGGACAGCUCUGGCGAACACGUCAUCGAUGGAGAACGAGACUUUUGCCAACAACACCACAAUUAUGACCACAGAUAUUUCUCAAUUAGAACGACAGCUCUACCUACAGCAGCUUCAGCAAGAGACGACGUUACAGAUGAUACCUGCGAUGACGUUCCUCAUCAUCCUCGCUGUCGUCGGAAUUAUUGGCAACGCUCUGGUUCUGGCCGUGUACUCCAGGAAGUUCCAGAGAACGUCCACCCGGAUUUUCAUAAUGUCCAUCGCCGGGUUUGACCUCGUGACGAACGUGAUAGUUACCCCAGCUGAAAUCUUCGACAUGUUUUACAUUUGGGAUUUCAACCAGCCCAUCGUCUGUAGGAUCCGCCUCUUCUUCAACGCGUUCACGACAAUGUCAGCGGCCAUGAUACUGCUCGCUGUGGGUGUCACCAGAUACCGAAAGAUCUGUGUUCCGUUCGGUCGUCAAGUAUCUCUGAAGCAGGCCAAGAUUACCAGUGUCAUCAUCGCUGGCUUGGGUCUCCUGUUUGCGGUGCCUUAUGGGAUCAUCAACGGCCGCCAAACAAAACCGACCCCGCGGCCUGGUAUCUUCGGUUACGAAUGCACCAUCGACGACAGCUACGUCAACACAAUAUGGCCGAUGGUCAACUCUGGGUUUUUUCUCCUCCUCUUCUUCGUGAACGUGAUCCCCCUGGUCGUCCUGUACAUUCUCAUCGGCAUUCAGGCCUGGAAACAUAGCAAGCAGUACGGAGUCACAACGGCGGCGGCCGCCUCGUCAUCGUACCCAAACAACACGAACUCAGACUCGACUAAUACCGGCGGAGGGGUGUCAGGGUCUUCCAACCAUGACAAUGACGUCAAGGCACUGCAGACGACUUCCGGAGCGUCCGAGGGUUCGAGAGUACGUGGGGAUGUGGUGGGAGGAGAUAGUGGUUCAAGCCAUGUACGAAAGGAUGAUGGGAGUGGAGAUAAUGGCGAUGGGCAGAGAGGAAAUGAUGUUGUUGGGAAAGGUGAGGACGAGAAAGAGACAAAAGAAGAUAGGGAUAUCGCGAAUGGCGGUGUGUCGACCAGUAACAACAACAAAGAUGUUAGUGUCAAGAUGAUCAGAGCCCCCGCGGGAGAUCGUAUACACUUCAAUAUCAACAUGGUGCAGGAACUUACCAAGAAGCUGAAAGCCGUGAAAAAUGAAAGGGAGAGAGAGGAGGAGAGCGAGAGAGACUUCCGAGAGGAGAGAGAGAACGAAGUAGAAGAAAGUAAACAAAGCAAUGGAGAGGAGAAGGAGAGUUCAAAGAAACAGAAUUAUGGUGUAUCAACAGUUGUUGACGCGAAAGACGUGGCAUUGGUUACAAACGCAGAUAUCGACAAGUCGGCUCUAAAAGACAACAGCACUAACCCGAUGAACGAAACCACAGCGUGUAGAGAACAGGAAGGCGCUAGAGAAGAAGACCGAGAUGCUGAGCGGAUUGUGGCCACUGAACAGACUGAGGCAAACAUGGCCGGGGUCAGUGAAGGAGACGACAACGGUCAGUCCGAUGCAGGGAGAGAUACACGUCAUCACGAGCUAGAUUCUCACGUUCCGAUCAACGCUGGAGGAGAAACCUCCGAUGUGGCCAAUGACGUUAAAGCUGUCUCGGGGACUGAUCAAACGCCACGGAGGAACGAGGAGAAGGCGAGGCAGAACCAGAAAGUGUCUUUUGUAACUGAGGUGGACGACGAGAGUUCUGAUGAUGAAAAAAACGUUUCACAAUCUAAUACGAAACGUAAAGAUAGCUGCUAUCCUGUUGAGAGUGAGGAACAAAGAAAAGAAAGAAUUGCAGACGAAGAAGAGAUAAGAAAACAAGAAGAAGAAACUGACGAAGAGGAAUCGCUUGAACCAAUGAGUGACUUCGCCCGUUCUAUGCAGUGGGUGGAUAUUACCUAUUGCUUGAACGAAAGUAAACCGGAAGAGAAGGGAACUGACUGUGCUGACGAAGAAGAGGGCUUGACGAAAAAAGACUCGUUUAACAAAUCCCGGAAAGUUUCUAGAGAUAACAGUUUUCUUCAGCGUCACCGGAAGCUCAGGGACGCACUCACGGAUACUCUCAAACGCGCCAAGCAGAACCGGAAAGAGAAAGAAGCAGAUGCCGAUGUCAAUGCGAAUUGCUCUGUGGCUGGUGAGGAUGUUGACAAUAUUCGAUUUAAUAGAAAAAAAAGUGUAGUGUACAUAAAGUGUGAACCUCCUACACCGAAAGAGCCGGGAGAGGAGGCGGGAAACAAAUUAGGUCACCACACGCCAAAGACUGCGGAAGCGAGCGGGAGUCGUAAACAAAGCAAGGUGGUGAGGCGGAAAGGUUUAGGCAGAACCACCGCCAUGUUGAUCAUCAUCAGUGCGGUAUACAUCGUCGGUUUCCUCCCCUUUUUGAUCCUCGUCUCGCUCAAAGUCACAUCUCCGGGGACGAUAGAGUCCUUGAGCGAUGUAGGAUUGGCCAUCUACUUCCUGUUUUUCCGGUCCUACUUUCUGAACAGCGCAGCCAAUCCGAUCGUGUAUAGUCUGUGCGACAAGAACUUUCGGCGGGAAUGUGUCAACGUCAUGAGAUGUAGGUCUGGCAAAAGGUAGUAACAUGAGAGAUAUUAUCCUGGAGCUCUGUGGUCCACGGGCGAAGUGCUUGCCUCUCAGGCUAAAGCAAGUUGUUUUCUGGUUCUCGGCUUGUUUCUAGAUACCUUUCGAAGGUUUCGUCCAUAAAUUUUUCUCACCCAUGAGCCCAGGAGUCGAGGAAUAUAUUAUUCCAUCUUCUGGGUUAAAGGCCGUAAUAAUCAGUAGGUAAGGGAUUUUACUUUUUCGGGAAAAGGUAAAAAAAACCCAACCCGGAUGCAUGUGGUUCUCUCUAACGACUCUAAGUUAUCACGUCAGAAGGAAAAAAUUGCCCUGUCCAGGUCAUUUGCAACGACAGAUUUCAAAGUUAAUCCCUCUCAAACAACUGAAGAAAUUCUAUUCUGUGCAAGACAUUUCGAAAAGUGACUUCCAACACCACCUAGAGUUACAGGCACCUGAAAUGUUCAUGCCAAUGCAUAUGUACGUCACAAACGUGUACUUCAGUUUACCGACUUAUUAAUUCUAUUCUUGGCAAGGACUUUUGUUAAAGCAAAUGAUAAAUUAUGAUUUUAAAGCUCCUUUCAAUAAGGAAGAAGAAGAAGAAGAAGAAGAAGAAGAAGAAGAAGAAGAAGAAGAAGAAG